GCUGUUUGGACUAACUGCCAAUGGGUCACCAACAGGGGUCGCUAAAAGACACGGAGUGAACACUGACGACAACGUGAACAAGAAAGUGAAACUAGAGAGCAGACGGACAAGAAGUGCAGAAUGGAGUUUUUCAAAGACAUCACCAUCACCAUUGAUGAAGCUGAUUUCAAAGACCAUGGUAGAUUAAUGAAGGUUCUUCAAUCACAUAGUCCAAAGAAAAAUGGUUCCUGCUACCAAGUGAGAGGAUCCUAUGAAGAACUAGAGAACCUUUCAAUCGAACUGUCAGCAGUGAGGGGUCGAUUCAUUCCUUCCAGACAUGCACAAAUCAGUCAUCAGUAUGAACAGGCAUCAACUCCUGUCAAAUCUGUGAAUGUAAAUGCUGUUGUUAUGCUCUACAUUGAGCAAAGGUGUGCAGAACAGCUUAACAAAAUUUGUGGGAACACUUUUUCUAUUGAAACACAGCCAGGCCUUGGAGCAGUGCACAAUAACCCAAGUAGCACAGUACAGGUGACUUUCAAACCACAGCAUUCCUCCAUACUCCCUGUCCGUGCUGAUUUUGUCAGACAGCAAUUCAUCACAUUGUACCAGAGAACUGCUUCUGACCUGCAGGUUACAUCUGUCUCUGUAAGUCCACGUGACCACAAAGACCUGCAGAGGAGAUUUCCACUUCUCCUUCUUAGUCCCAGGCACAACAGACAUGAAGUAACAGUGACUGGACCUUUUGUGUACAUUGUUAAAUUGAAAGAGUUUCUUCUACAAAAUAUAAAAAGCUCAAGCAUGUGUCCCAGCAAAAGUCUAGCAGACACUCCAAACAGCACAGCUGGUCCUUCACACAGCAACAAUCCUGAGGAAGAAUCGUGUCCAAUCUGUAUGGAACCCAUAUUACCAAUGAAGAAAAAAACUCUUCAGUGCAAGCAUUCAUUCUGCAGAGAUUGCCUGACACAAGCCUUUGACCACAAGCCAGUAUGCCCAACAUGUGGAAAGUUAUAUGGCAUUUUGAAAGGCACACAACCUGUCGGAGGCAAAAUGCGUGUCACCAGAAAUUCUUCAUCUUUGCCUGGAUAUGAGAACUAUGGAACAAUUAUCAUCCAUUAUGAUAUUCCAAGUGGCAUCCAAAAGGAGGAGCAUCCUAACCCUGGUCAGCCAUAUGAAGGUGCAUCCCGUACAGCAUAUCUCCCUGACUCCCCAGAUGGCAGAAGCAUCCUGAUACUGCUGAGGCAAGCCUUUGAUCAGAGACUCAUCUUCACUGUUGGUCGGUCCACCACCAGUGGCAGGAACAAUAUUGUGACAUGGAAUGAUAUUCAUCACAAAACCUCAACACAUGGAGGGCCAACACACUUUGGUUACCCGGAUCCUGAUUAUCUCAGCCGAGUUCGAGAUGAACUGACAGUCAAAGGAAUUGAAUGAGUUAGUCGAAUGUGCUUGUCAUCUGGGUAGUGUGUACAGUCAGAUGACAAUUCGCACAACACAUACACUCGACACUGCUUGAACUCUCUGAUUGAAUUGUUGGCCACCACCACUUGCGACUUUUGCUGAAAAAUAGUUGUAUUGUAUGAUUUAUGGCACAGAGGACUACAAAUCAUGUCAUUUUAAUGUACAAAUUAAUAAUGUAGCAUGGUCUUAGCCUUAGGUUGAUUUUCCAUAAAGUUCCCUUGACCAAAGGCUGGAGUUAGUCCUCAGGAACGUCCAUGUACACUGCUCCCUUGGGAUGGGUUAAAUGCAGAGUACCAGCUGUACGUUGUAUGAAAUGUCAAUGGUUCCGUCCUAAUCUCAGUUUGUUUAUCUUCUGUCCAUCUUUUUAAAUCCCAAAUCAGAUUAGUCAACCACAGAUAGUCUUUUUCUAUUUGUAAUUCCUAUUUUUUGUGGAUUUAUUUUAUUUCAUUCUCGUUUGAAAUGGUCUUGUUUGUAAAAAAAAAAAAAAAAAAAAAAAAAAUGUAUAUUUACAAAAUAAACA